CAACGUUAAAUUCUCAGGCAUCAUGGAUGUGCAUGCGCAGUAACCGCUUCGUCCGCAUCAGUGCCAGUGUUCAAUUACGUACAGUAAUCGUGUCUUUCUCCUUCUCAUGGCAGGUUUGUGCAGGAUUCUAGCCAGUAGCAGCUGUGCCCGUAUGUCGCCAGCUGUACAGAAGCUUGCUGAUGACUACUUCAACUGGCGAUUGGCCAACAAGCCUGAGUUUGCUUCCUUUGUUGGCAUUCACGACUAUGACGAUCAGCUGGACGACAUGUCUCUGGAGGCCUACCAAAGCCGCUACGACCAGUGUCAAGUGUUCUUCCAUCAGGCAGAGGCUCUGGAGGCCAUCGUCACCGACCAUGACGACCAGGUCAACAUCCGAGCUCUCAAGAACGAGCUGAUCACCUACAUGGACGGCUUCCCCUACCAAGGCUUCCUGGUACCGCUGAGCUACAUGGAAGGAGUCCACGUGGACCUUGAGUGCCUGAUCUCAUGGAUGGUAUUUAAGACAAGUGACGACUAUGAGAAGCUUUUGUCUCGCUACGAGAAACUACCUGAACAGCUGAAGCAAAUCCAGAUGUUGAUGGAGACGGGUGUGACCACAGGGAACGUCAAUCACGCUAUCUCAAUGAAAAGUGUGGUGGAGGGCCUGGAAAGGUUCGUGGUGGAUGUGGCGGAAGACUCGCCGCUGUGGAUGCCCUUCACCACCUUCCCCGACAACUUUAAUCGGGAACAGAUUGCCGACUUCAAGGAGCGCGCUAAUGCCAUAAUCCUUGACAAGAUUUCUCCAGGGUUCCAGCAGCUGCGUGACUAUGUCAAGAAUGACUAUGUCACUCGCCCAGAUAUAGCCGUGACCAGUCUACCUGACGGUGAGGCACAGUACAACCAGCUGAUCAAGUUCCACACAUCAAUAAGCAUGACGCCUCAGGAGAUCCACCAACUGGGCCUAAAGGAGGUAACCCGCAUCGAGGGUGAGAUGGCCAAGAUCGUCUCAGAGUUGGGUUACACUUUAUCGGUGUCAGAAUUCUCAGACAUGAUAAAGAACAAUUCUCGGUUUUACUACAACAAUUCCGACGAACUGAUGAAGGGCUUUGAGGACCUCGCGUACAUCGUCAUUCCUCCCAAGCUUCCUGAAUUCUUCAGGAACAUUCCGAAGGCAGAGCUGAAAAUAAAGUGUGACCCCUCACCUGAAGGUACCAUAGCGUACUACACUGCCGGAGCUUACGAUGGGUCCCGCCCUGGUGUCUUCUUUGUCAACACCCACAACUAUCAAAAUCAACCAACGUAUGGGAUGAUGAGCUUAUCCCUACACGAGGGCAACCCGGGACAUCACUUUCAGCAUUCACAUAUUAUCGAGUCUCCCAACAUACCCUUCUUCCGGAGGGUGUUGGAGGACCGUAAGUGUUGCCAGGCUCCCUCCAGGUUCCCCAUGAACACUGCCUACUUAGAGGGCUGGGGCCUAUACGUAGAGAAUCUUGGCUUUGAUAUGGGAUUAUACGAGGAUCUCUACGUCAGGUAUGGUCACUAUUCUUUGGAGAUCUUCCGCGCUUCUCGCCUGGUAGUUGACACAGGUCUACACGCCCUCGGCUGGACCCGUCAGGAGGCCGUCGACUACCUGAUUAACCACACAGCCAUGACUACUGUAAAAGUGGAGAAUGAGGUGGACCGGUACAUUACUAUGCCGGGCCAGGCGCUGGCUUACAAGGUGGGGCAACUCAAGCUAAUGGACUUGAGGUACAAGGCCGCCAGUGUAAUAGGCGACGAGUUUGACAUUAAGAAGUUCCAUGAUGUUGUACUGGACUCUGUCGGACCUCUGGACCUGGUGGAGGACGAGGUCAACGCUUGGGUUAAUGCUGGAGGAAAGAAACUUGAUGUGGUGAGAGUAAUACAAUGUAUAAAGUUAUGGUCUUGUUAAUAUUACAUC